AUGCUGACGGGGGUUUUGAUCGCCUUUUUCCAUACCAUCGGCACAUGUAAAAACAGCGAUGGAUAUCAUGGCAAGGGCGAAUCCUACCAUGAAAAUACCGAAGAAACCAUUGAAGCAGACAUUGCAGCAGCCGCUCAGAUCCUAUGUAGAGCUAUUGUCUUCUUCACCCAAAAUCCCUUUAUUGUCAUCACUUAUGAUAACAAUGCUGCCUCCGUUAUUGGACCACAAGCAGCCACCCUGGAUGAGAUGCGAGUGGUUCAAGGGGAGUUGUCUACCUAUGCAAAAUGUUCAAAGUGUUAUGAGCCUAACAUACAGACUCCCUCAUCUUCUGAUUCAUUACCUCCACAUAAACUACCUAUAUGGGAUGCCCUUGAUGUAUCUAGUCCCUCAAGUCUAGCUUUGCCCGUUACCAUUGAUAACUCUCCGACUUCUUUUAUAGAGGAAGAUGUCACCACUGCAACACCAAUCCAAGAUGUUCUGGAUGAUCAAAAACCCAAAUCCUACCUUCUACGAUUUAUUCGGCUUUUCCAGUAUUUGAUCAAACUGGAGAUACCCAAAUCAUUAAAGCUGGGGAAACUCAGUUUCAGCAAUCCAAAGGUUUGGAUUGUUAUAGGAAUAGGAGUUGCAGGUAUUGUCAUAUUGAGCAAGAGAAGGAGAAAGAAUGUAGUGAAAGAAGAUUUUGGGGCUUUUAUCGAACGUUUUGAGCUUCUUCCUUCUCUUCAGCCGCCACCUCCUGCUGCUCGCCACCUACUUUCUGAUCUUAGUUUUGCAGUUAAAGACAUUUUUGAUGUCGAAGGGUAUAUUACAGGGUUUGGAAAUCCUGACUGGAAAGGUAGUCAUGAAGCAGCUGUUCGAACAGCUGUGGCUGUCUCAUGCCUUUUGAAGAAGGGGGCUACUUGUGUUGGGAAGACUAUCAUGGAUGAGUUGUGUCUCAGCAUCACAGGUGAAAACCGACAUUAUGGAACACCCACCAACCCUGAUGAGCCAUCACGAAUGCCUGGGGGAUCUUCAAGUGGUUCUGCUGCGGCUGUUGCUGCUGAACUUGUUGACUUUUCUCUUGGUACUGACACAAUUGGAUGUGUGAGACUGCCAGCAGCUUUUUGUGGUCUACUCGGUUUCCGCUCCUCUCAUGGGGCUGUCUCCACUAUUGGUGUUGUGCCCAUCUCUCAAAGUUUAGAUACUGUUGGUUGGUUUGCUCGAGAUCCAUCUAUUUUGCAUCAUGUUGGUCAUGUAUUGCUACAAGCGCCAUCCUCAGAUUUAAGAAGGUCAAGGCGCUUUAUCUUUGCUGAUGACUGCUUCCAACUUUCAAAGGUUCCCAAACAGAAGACUGUUUACGUAGUCCGUCAGGCAACUGAAAAGUUAUCUGGAUACCAAGUUACAGAGCACAUAAAUCUUGGGAAGUACAUUGACUCAAAUGUACCGAGCUUGAAAGAAUUUCGAGAACCAGAUGAUGUGCAAAAAGGAAUUUCUAGUCUGAAAGCUCUUUCCAGUGCUAUGAGGUUGCUGCACAGAUACGAGUUCAAAACAAAUCAUGAAGACUGGUUCAAAAGUGUCAAGCCAAGCUUAAGUUCUAAUAUUUCUGCUCGAGUGCUUGCAGCAUUAAACACCACAAAUGAAAAUGUAAAGACUUGUUAUACAGUUAGAACACAAAUGCGGGCUGCUAUGAGUAAUCUCUUAAAGGAAGAUGGAAUAUUAGUGAUCCCAACUACCCCAGAUCCUCCUUUAAUGCUCAAGUCAAAGAGAACCUCGUGUGAUGAGUUGGAGAACAGAGCUUUUAUAUUAUUAAGUAUUGCAGGGAUGUCUGGUUGCUGUCAGGCUACCAUCCCUUUAGGAAAACAUGAUGGCUGUCCAAUAUCACUUUCAUUUAUAGCUUCAUAUGGAGGGGACAGAUUUCUUCUUGGUACUCUUCUAGAUUUGUACUCUUCUCUUCAAAAACAUGCCAGUAUUAUUUCCGAUAUGCAACCCUUAUCAGAUAGUGAAGGAGACAUGGAAACUGCAGAGCUCUUCAAAGAAAAGGGUAAUGCUGCAUUUAAGAGAAAGCAGUGGAAUAAAGCUGUCAAUUUUUAUACUGAAGCUAUCAAAAUAAAUGGUGAAAGUGCAACUUUUUACUCCAACCGUGCCGCAGCUUACUUAGAAUUGGGGUGUUUUCAACAAGCCGAAGCUGAUUGUAAUCAGGCAAUUCUACUUGAUAAAAAGAAUGUGAAAGCUUAUUUAAGGCGAGGAACUGCAAGGGAAAAUCUUUUGUCCUAUAAGGAAGCAGCUCAAGAUUUCAGGCAUGCUCUAGUAUUAGAACCCCAAAACAAGGCAGCCCUUCAGGCAGAAAAACGGCUAAAGAAGAAGGUAACAGGCUAAUCAUUCAAAGUGGGUUGGGAAAAAAUAAUGACAUUUUUGAUAUAUGAAUCUCAUUCUUCUGCCAUAACAGUGGCCGGACCGUAAAGAUAUGUUCUGGUGAGUGCUGUGGCUUCUUAGCAAUUUUGUCACUUCCUCUGUAAAAUACAAAAUAACCUGAUUAUCAUAGAAGGAAGAUCAAUGAUAAAGAGACCUCCAUAAUCUAUGAAGGUCAUUAGGAAGGGUUUCUUAAUGAGCUUACAGAAAAUAAUGGCAUUUGGGUCUCCAUCUCAGUAUCUUGGGAAGAAUGUGUAAAAGUUAGUUUUUGGGGAGAGAGUUCAGGUUUCCUGAAGGACAUGGUUUCUAUGAUUCCCCUCUUAAAAUAUAUUUUUCAGAUAAUAUGUAAAAAUAAAUAAAUUUAUUAAAAAUAAUAAUUUUAUAAAUAAAACAUUUGAGCCGUUAAUUUCAACUGUUUUUAGAUUGGACUGCCCAUUUGCAUCCAUCUUUAAAAUGGAUUCUUUAUACCUCAGGGGAUACAAAUGUAUAAAUGUGUCCUUUGAAACAAUUUUCCUUUUCUGAAUGCUUGUGAAUCCGGAUCCUAAUCUUUGGUUCUUAAAAAGGAUAAGAACUGGAAUGGUUCCUCUC